AUGCAUCUCAAGAGUCUCGCUUUCGUACUUCUGCUGAAGCUCAUCACUUUUAGCGAUGCACUGCCAGACGAGAAGCAGGAUGUCGAUAACGGGGACCUCCAAGACAAGGACGACAGCACAGACACCAUCCUCAAGAUGAACAAAGGCUCUUCUGAGAUCAUGUUAGAGGGAGACUUGCUGCUUCCGAGAACGAGGACCGCCAUGAAGUGCUACACCGAAGCGUCCAGCUGCCUGUGGCGUAAAUCUAACAACGGCAACGUUGAGAUCCCGUUUGUCAUAUCUGACAACUACGACGCUGGCGAGAAGGGCACUAUUGUCACGUCCUUGAAGUCGAUGGAGGCCAAAACCUGCAUCCGCUUCAUUCCACGAACCAAGCAGCGUGAUUACAUAAGCUACGAGCCCAGAUACGGGUGCUCCUCAAUGAUGGGCCGCAUGGGAGAUAAGCAGGUGGUGGCCCUGCAGCGGUUUGGCUGCGUCCAACACGGCAUCAUCUUGCACGAGACCAUGCACGCCAUGGGCUUCUACCACGAGCACACUCGCAGCGACCGCGACAGUCACGUGCGCAUCAACUGGAACAAUAUCGAGACGUUUAACGCAUACAACUUCCAAAGGCAACAGACCAACAACCUCAACGUCCCGUAUGACUACAAAUCUUUGAUGCACUAUGGAAGAAACGCCUUCGGGAUAAAAGACACAGACACCAUCACCCCCAUUCCCGACGCCUCUGUGGAAAUAGGUCAGCGGAAAAGCCUCUCUGACUACGACAUUCUCAGAAUCAACCGCUUGUACAAGUGCAGGAAUUAA